GGCAAAGAAAUGGGUCCGGAGAGAAGAAGGACUGUUGAGCAGAUAGUGAAGACGAUUUAUUGCCUGGCAAGACAUUGAUUGUGAUCUGAAGUUCUGAACUGCACUCAUUCUCACCAGAACAGUUACAAGGACAAGAAAGACAGAUAAGACAGGUUACGAUUGCAGCUGAAAGAGUUGACACAAUAGCACAAGAGCUAGAAUAAGAAAAAACAGCAGAAUACAGCAGCACAGUACACAAUGUCUUCAGUUUACACAUCGAUUGUCACGUUUGCAUUGUUAACCGUUGGAGGUUACAUGUUAUUCAAUGAAUCCGGAGAAGCGUUCAAUGUUGGAGCGUUCCUUGAGUCCGUGUCACCAUACAUGUGGGCCAAUCUUGGUAUUGUCUCGUGUAUCGGGUUUUCGGUUGUCGGUGCCGCGUGGGGUAUCUUCAUUACCGGAUCAUCCGUCAUCGGUGCCGGUGUGAAGGCACCACGUAUCACCACGAAGAACCUCAUCAGUAUCAUUUUCUGCGAGGUUGUUGCGAUCUACGGGCUUAUCAUGGCCAUUGUUUUCUCAUCGAAGCUCGUGGCUGUUGACAACAUCUUGACCGUCGAGAACUUAUAUACCGGAUAUUCCUUAUUCUGGGCCGGUCUCACAGUGGGACUAAGCAACCUCAUAUGUGGUGUUGCCGUUGGUAUCACCGGCUCGACCGCCGCCAUUUCGGACGCUGCAGACUCCUCGUUGUUUGUGAAGAUCUUGGUCAUUGAGAUUUUCGGUAGUAUUUUAGGUUUGUUUGGUUUGAUUGUCGGUCUUUUGAUGGCCGCCAGAGCUGGAGAGUUCAGCUGAUUCUACAAAAAGGAGAGGAAACACUAAAGAAAAGCUGAAGGAUACAAGCCCAGGCAAACACUCACUAUAUAUAAAAGUGGUUUUUCACCGCGUAUACCGUCCUGCCGUCGGUCUCGAUAUCCGUGCCACCGUCAUCUGUGUAAUACAACAAUAAGUAAAUAAAAUCCUAGUUUUCAUAAUUGAAGAAA